CAUUGCAUGUACUUCUCAUUCGGUAAUUUUGUUCAUUAAGGCAUUAUUUUGAAAUGCACUCAGGAAACUCAGAAAUCCAGUGCAGAUGUAGUGCAGGUUGAGGAAGCAGCAGCUGGACCAUCAGGGCUUCAAAUGAGGUCUUACUCAUAUUUGGGAUAUCCAAAAAAGGACAACAAAAAGAAGUGAUGUUAAUACUUGCAAAAAAUGUGGAGAACAGUUUUUAUCCAUUUAUUAAAUUAUUUAUUAUUAUUUAUUUUCGGUGCAGAAUACUGUUUUGUAUUUAAACUAAGGUUUAUUAUUCUUAUUAUGUUUAAAUCAGUUCCAAGUUCCACGAGUUAGUACACAAAUGUUAAUAUAUUUUAAUAAAGUUUGCCUUAUUAUAAACUACGUUUUUUAUUUUUUAUUUGGGGGGGGCUGCCGGGCAGUGUUCCUACCAAUGCUGAGACCAAACCUACGCCCUUGCAAUAACCACCUGUGUUCCUUUACAGCAGUUCCCAGGAAGUGUGUGUGAAUGUAUAUGUGUGUGUAUUGUGUGUGUUUGUGUGUAAAAGUAAUCUGUGUGUGUGAGUGUGCGAGUGUGCUUUUUCUGGUAUGGGGCAAGGUGUUUAAAAGCAGGGCCACUCAGAGAGACUCUCAGAGCGUUCAGGCAGAGGAAGGAAAAAGACAAACGAGAUGAAGACUCUCAUCGCUGUGCUCCUGUGCACUGCUCUGUGCUGGGACGGGCUUAAUGCUCAGUGCCCUGACCCCGCCACCCUGAAGGACAUCAACGGCACCAAGGUCUGCGCCCGCAUGUUCUCGGACAGCACCGUCAUCUACGCGCAGAGCUGCGGAGGCGACAGCCUCGAUUCCUACCCCGGCGACGAUAUACCCACUAUCAGUUUGCGUUGGAACAACCGCGUCUCAUCGCUCGUUGUGAGCCAGGGUUGCACCCUCACCGUCUGGGACCGCUUCAGGAAGCAGGGCAGGAAGCACACCUUCAGCGCCGGCAUCGAGUACCGCCUGAAGGAAGCAGGGCAGGGGCUGAUCGGCGACUGGGACAACGACAUCUCUGGAUACUGGUGUGUCUGCUAGAAGCAGAGAGGGGAUAGGCGCGAUUUACUAUCACUGGAGAGAGAUUGAUUGGAUGGUGUGAGAGAAGGAGAAACGAGAAAGAAGAAAGAAAGAUGAAUGCACUAGAAGACGAAUGUGCUGAAAGAUGCUUGUAAAAGUGUUCUGUUGUGUGGGAAUCCAAUAAAACUCUUCACUGCUUGUGA